AUGGGGCGACGCAAGACAGCUGCCUCCAGACAAGCGACGCUCCUGAGCACCGACCGUGUCAUCGUCGGCGUCGAUGACCUGGUGCUUCUAUCGUCCGUGAGCGAGACGUCCAUCCUCGAGAACCUCAAGAUGCGCCACGCCGCGGACGUCAUCUACUCGUACAUUGGCCACGUCCUCGUGGUCGUGAAUCCGUACAAGUGGCUGGACAUCUACGGGGAAGAGAGCAUGCGCGCGUACAUGCACAAGGCGCGCAUUGACGUGGCGCCGCACGUGUUCGCCACGGCCGAAGAAACGUAUCGCGCGAUGCUCAGUGAAGAGGACAAUCAGUGCGUCAUUAUCAGUGGAGAGAGCGGGGCUGGCAAGACGGAGGCUUCCAAGCAGAUUCAGAACUACGUGGCAGGAGUCAGUGGCAGCGGGGCAGGCGUGGACAAAGUCAAGCGCACGUUCCUCGAGAGCAAUCCGUUGCUUGAGGCGUUUGGGAAUGCCAAGACGCUGCGGAACAAUAACUCCAGUCGCUUUGGCAAGUACUUUGAGCUGCUGUUUGACUCGGCCGGGAGACCGCAAGGAGGGAAAGUGACGAACUAUUUGCUGGAAAAGUCACGCGUUGUGAAGCCCGGCAAAGGAGAGCGAAACUUUCACAUUUUCUAUCAGAUGGUGGCUGGACUAUCGCCUGCUGCAAAGCAGAAGCUGCACUUGGAUCAGGGCGGACCUGAGCAUUAUCAGUAUCUGGAAGCGAGUGGGUGCUACGAUGUUGACGAUGUGAAUGACGCGCAGGAGUUUGAAGAGACGAUGGCGGCAAUGCAACAUGUUGGUAUCAAACGCAAGCAAAUUGAACUGGUCGUCCAGACGUUGGCAGCAGUGCUGCACAUGGGUAAUGUGAACUUCCAGCCCGAUACAGUGGGCGAUGCAGAGGGCUCUUUCGUCCAUGACCGUGAAAGCUUGCGGAUUGCGUGCGAACUGCUGGGGUUAGACGCGGCGCGUCUAGAACACGCUCUGUGCUAUAAAAUGCUGCAGACGAUGGCACCUGGAGGAAAAAUUGAGUCGUACGAGGUGCCACAGAAUAUAAGUCAAGCCAAAGCACAGCGCGACUCGAUUGCGAAGGCCGUGUACGAUCGACUGUUUGACUUUCUGGUUGAGCGCGUGAACCAUGCGCUGGAUAUUGAGAAGAAAGCCGAGAAAAGCGGCGAGCUUCUUGAAAUUGAGGACAUGACCAAGAUUGGUAUCCUUGACAUCUAUGGCUUUGAAAUCUUCGACAAGAAUGGAUUUGAGCAAUUCUGCAUCAAUUACGUCAAUGAAAAGCUGCAGCAGAUUUUUAUUGAGCUCACGCUAAAGAGUGAGCAAGAAGAGUAUGCUCGCGAGGGCAUUGCAUGGGCACCGAUUCCGUUCUUCAACAACAAAGUCGUGUGUGAUUUGAUCGAAGCUCGUCGUCCGACACCAGGUAUUUUUCUUGUUCUGGACGACACUAUAAAAACGAUGCACUCUCGUCAAGGAGACAGCGUUGACGCCAAUUUUCUGGAGAAGGUGUCGGGUAUCCACGGGUCACACCCGCAUUUCUCGAAGCGCGGUAAGACUUUUGAGAUCAAGCACUAUGCAGGUGAUGUGCAGUACAGCAUCGAAGGUUUUGGAGAUUCUAACAAGGAUUUCUUGAGUAAGGAUAUCGCGCUCAUCAUUAGCGAGACAUCCAACAAGCUCAUACGCUACAUUUUUCCGGAAGAAAUCGAUCUGAACGAUAAGCGCAUGGCAAACACGGCGGGAUACAAAAUUCGUACUCAGUGCGACGUCCUCGUGACAGCAUUGAUGGACUGCACACCGCACUAUGUGCGCUGCAUUAAGUCUAACGACCAGAAACAGUCCAACAAAAUGAACGACCGCCGUGUAAUCCACCAGAUCAAGUACUUGGGUCUCCUUGAAAACGUCAAAGUGCGACGCGCUGGGUAUGCGUACCGAGGAGACUACGGGCGUUUUGUCGAUCGCUUUCGUUUGCUUAGCAAAGAGACCUACCCUGAGUUUCGUGGGUCAGAUAAGAAGGGCACUCAAGCAGUGUUGCGUGCAGCCACAAAAUUGCUUCCACAGCUUGAAAAUGAGGUUCAACUUGGCAAGACAAUGGUGUUUAUCCAAACUCCUGAAAUCUUCUUUGAGCUAGAGAAAUUGCGGGAGAAAAAGUUAGGUUCUUUUGCGAUGCGAAUUCAAAAGGCAUGGAAAAGAUACUUCGGUCGCCGGCAUCUGUUGCAACUCAGCCACGACAUUACGAAGCUAUACACAUCCAACAACAAGCAACGACAGCGCGUGAGUAUUUAUCGUCCGUUUGACGGCGAUUAUCUACGCGACAAUGCUAUUCGUGAGGCGGUCAUGGAGAUUAUCCAGCACUAUAAGGAUUCUGAAAAAAUCGUGUUCUUGGAUGAGAUUGAGAAGGUGUGUCCGAUAGCUGGGGUUUCGCCUGAAGGAUCUCCUGUAGCAGUGGUAGGACGAAUUGUCAUCAUUACGGAUCAGUUCUUAUACCUGAUGGAGAAACGCACGUGGCAACCUAUCUUAGACCCGAAAAGCGCAUGGUUGCCACCAUUGGUGUACCUCCGUCGUCGUCUUCAGCUGGCGGCUAUAGAAGAGAUUACAAUGAGUACAUUAGCAGACCCGUACUUUGUUCUGAAGGUGCGCCAAGUACCGCUUCUUGCCGAGCCGAACAAAAGUAACUGGGUGGGCAACAACACUACGAUGGUAUGCAUGGCCACUGGCAAAAAGUUUGGACUGUUCAACCGUCGACAUCACUGCCGGUACAGUGGUAAAAUUUACUGCAACGAUGUCUGCAAGCAAGUGGAAGUGGUGCCGGACUUGGGGUUCUACACGCCAGUCCGUGUCUACGAUAAGGUCAUUGGGCUGAUGUGCACCGAGAUGCCUGAAGACCAGCUACUGCUGUCCGAGAAGAAGACUGAAAUUGCAGUCACGCUUGUAGACGCGAUACGCUCGUCGGCGAAUGUCGUGACGCCGAUCAAUUUUAGUGAUUCGAUUCGUCUCUGCCGGGCAGCGAGUGCAGAGCUGUCCAGAACGCCGUCCCAGCAGAUCCAAUUUGUCUCGUCGGAUCAUGACAAAAUCACAGGAGAUGCCAACAAUAUCGAGAUCCACGUCGGGCCGGGUGUGCCCGAUGAGUAUAUUCGUAAGCGCCGAAAGCGCGAGAAAACACGUCGCAAAAAACUUGAAAGGCAGCGAGAAGAAGAGCUGGCUAUUCAAGCUAAGCGUCAGGAGCAGCGUAGUCGCGAACGCGAAGUAGAGCGUUUGCGUCGCGUUGCCGAGAAGAAAGCUAAAAAGCAAACCGAGAAGGAAGCCCGGAAGCAUGCUUUGACAUCAAGAAAGUCGGCCAAGGCGUCCAUGGAGUCAGCUCGCAAGUUUGGUGAGCACGCCCAGGCUUCCAGUACAAAUGGAGGUGUUGGUGGAGCCAACAGCGAGCUGGCUGCUAUUCUCGCGCGUCGUCGAGGAGCACAAUAA